AUGAAAUACAUGGGCAUCUGGCCGGAGGAAAGGCAUUGGUACCUGCCAUCGAGCUACGUGAUCCUGAUCCCGGUUCUAAUGAUGCUAUGCUUCUGCUGCAUCCCCCAGACCGCCAACAUCCCCGUUGUUUACAGCGACAUGUACAUGCUGGUGGAGAAUUUGUCGAUGGCGAACAUCUCGAUCACGAUCUCGAUGCUGAAGACGACCAUCUUCUGGGCUAACGGGAAAUCAAUAAAGUCUCUGCUGAAGUGCAUGGCCAGCGACUGGAACCGGCGGUUGAGUUCCAGCGACCGCAAGAUCAUGACGGACAUCGCGAAGAUCACGAGGAAGACGAUCCUGACGAGCACCGUGGCGGUCAACAUUAUGGUGAUCGCGUAUGUCGUUCGGUAUACGUUCAUCGCGAUGUACACGGAUCGCAAGCUGUUCUUCCAUGCCUACUUUCCGUACGACGUAAAGGCCAGCCCGAACAUUCAGCUGACCGUCGCCGCCCAAUUGAUAGGCGGCAUUUAUGCUGCUGGCUGCUACACGGCGGUCGACACCUUCAUCGCCAUGCUGAUCCUACACGUGUGCGGACAGCUGACUAUACUGAAGCAUGACAUUAUGAAUCUCCGAGAGGACGGGGACGAAAAGCUGCGGGUCGUCCUGGGGAGGAUCAUUGAGAGGCAUGAGUAUAUUAACGCGUCAGUAUUAAGAAAUCUACGGCUUCAUUCUUAUUGUCAUACUUAUGAGUCCAGAAAGAAGUGGAUUAGGUUCGCGGGAACAAUAGAAAACUGUUUCAACGCGAUGCUGCUGCUUCAGAUGCUCGGUUGCACGCUGCAGCUCUGUUUUCAGUGUUUCCAAGUUAUUAUGGUACGAACAAUGGUACCUAUUUAUGAAACGAAUGUGGAAUACGACGUAUGGAAUAACAGUGAAGAAAUAUUUGAAUUGCAGACAUUCAGCGACGAAGACAAGAAUCUUAUGUCCGUUCAAAUCUCUUUUCUGUCGAUCUAUGUAAUUUACAUCAUGGCACAGUUAUACUUGUAUUGUUACGUAGGCGACAGACUCACAAUUGAGGGAAGGCAGAUAGCCAACGCAGCGUACAACUGCGCAUGGUACAAUCUGUCGGCUAAUAAUGCCAGGCUAUUGAUAAUUAUUAUGUGUCGUGAUUUAUUACCACUGCGGAUCACAGCGGGCAGGUUUUGUUCCUUCACUUUGCAGCUUUACUCCGAAAUCUUAAAAAGGUCGAUGGGUUACAUUUCUGUAUUGUACACAAUGCAGAACAAAUAGAAGAAAUCAUUUUAAAAAUGCCGUUCCGUUUUGCUAUGUUUCUGUUCUCCACAGUCCAAAGGAAAUUCGGAACACUAAGAAUCAAUUGCGUUAGACACACGUUCAUAUAGAAUUGUAUUUAACGUAAAAUAAAGUACACACCGCGACAAAACUAUAA